AUGGCAGCACAAAUACAACCUAGGCAAGUGACGAAAAGGGGCUGGUACAACCCUUUUGGUGAUGUUCAGCAGAGAAGAGGGGAUCCAAAAGACACAGAAUUCCAUUUGACACUGUUUACUGAGUGCGACAUCGGCGAGGACGUGCGCCACUUCUUCUACGUGGCGACGCCGCUGCGCAACGACAACAACUACAAGCAGAUCUACAUCAUGUGGAUGUUCCUGGUCGUCAUGUACCUCGUGCCGUUUAUCAGCCUGACUGUGUUCAACUCUUUCAUCUACAGGAGGGUCCGCGCCGCCAACCAGGAGCGGCAGCGGCUGAGCCGGCUGGAGAAGAAGGAGAUCGGGCUGGCGGUGAUGCUGCUGGUGGUGGUGACGGUGUUCUUCGUGUGCAACGUUCUCGCCUUCAUCAUCAACGUGCUCGAGCUCCUGGACAUCGUCGUUCCGGAGCUCACUGCCACUAGCAACGUCCUGGUGUGCGUCAACUCGUCCGUCAACUUCAUCAUCUACUGCAUCUUCGGCCAGAAGUUCCGGCGACUCUUCCUCAAGAUGUUCUGCGGCCGGAUCGUCAAGACGUCGGCGAGGAGGGACACAACCUUCCGCGAGUCGCGGACGCUCACCAACGGCCGCUCGACGCAGAUCAUCCGCAUGUCCUCGUGGAACGGCUCGCACCGCAGCCGCUCCGACAGCCAGGCGGCCGCCAAGCUCGACGGCCGCCACGACUCGGCCUCCUCGUGGCGCCCCCUCUCCAAGUACUCCAGCGUGCCACUCGGAGACUCCUCCACGCCCAGGACAGCUUCCUCGUCCUUUACGCCCUCCAGGAGUCCCUCGCUCGUGCCCCGGCGGGCCCCGGCGAGAGCGACCACGCCCUCUGAGCGAGAGGCGCCCGGCUGGCUGCCGCGGCGAUGGGCGCGCGGGCGGAGGCGCUGCAGAAGGCCUUAG